AAUCGGGAAAACCCUCUUUGCAGCCCUAGUCCUCUCGAGCUAAUCGCGGGCCCCGUCUCCAACAAGAUCUAGGGUUCGUCGCCGUCUCCAACCAGCUGUGCCACCGCGGUUGCGUCCCCAGCCGUGAUCAAGAAGUUCCCCCAGGCAACAGCAACUCGCGCGGCCGAUCUCGUCUCUUCGCCCGUCGAUCAAUUGGAGCCAAAGAUUCGCUGGCGUUGAUUCCACUGCGAAGGAGAGGAACCAAAUCAAGCGAACAUGGGGGAACGCAAGGUCUUGAACAAGUAUUACCCGCCGGACUUCGAUCCGGCCAAAAUCCCUCGUCGGCGGCAACUGAAAAAUCAGCAAAUGAAAGUUCGGAUGAUGCUUCCGAUGAGCAUUCGCUGCGGCACCUGUGGUACCUACAUCUAUAAGGGCACAAAGUUCAACUCACGAAAAGAGGACGUCAUUGGAGAGACUUAUUUGGGAAUUCCAAUAUUUAGAUUCUACAUCAAGUGUACUAGAUGCUCAGCUGAGAUUACGUUCAAGACAGAUCCUCAGAAUUCUGACUACACAGUUGAAUCUGGUGCUUCCCGUAAUUUUGAGCCUUGGCGUGAUGAAGAGGAGGUUGUUGACAAAGAGAAGAGAAAAAGAGCUGAAGAAGAGAUGGGUGAUGCUAUGAAAUCCUUGGAGAAUAGAGCUAUAGAUUCCAAACAAGAUAUGGACAUACUUGCUGCACUCGAAGAGAUGAGAUCCAUGAAGUCUAGGCAUGCAACUGUUAGUGUUGAUUUGAUGUUGGAAACGUUAAAACGGUCAGCCUAUGAAAAGGAGAGAAAAAUAAUGGAAGAGCUAGAUGAGGCAGAUGAAGCACUCAUUAAAUCUAUAACUUUCCAUGGUUCAAAAGAUUUUGUUCGAAGAAUAGAUGAGGAUGAGGAUGAGGAUGAGGAUGACAUUGAGGAGCUAGGCAAGGCAUCUUCUAGUCUAAGUGAAAGUUCAAAGGGGAAGAUUACUUUGGAGCCUCUAGCGAAGAUGGAAAAAGCAACAGAUUCUCUAACCAAAAGUACUGUUGCUGAUUAUGCUAGAGAUGGAGGUGGAUCUGUGAAACGAAAGUUUAUAGUGAAACCCAGAUCGACUUUGGAGGUCACUAAGAAGCCUCAAAUUGCAAGUGAAGAUUCUGGCCCAUCAAAUAACGACGGAGAUGGUGGUGAAAAGCAUGAUACCAGGGGAACCCAGUCAACAAAUGGACUUCAAUCUCUCUUUCAAAACUACGGCAGUGAUGACAGUGAUUAAUAGUUGCUUUCAAACUGGUUUAUUCUUUUGACACUAUACAUAUUUAUACAAAAUACAUAGUAAGCUGUGUUUAUUAUGCGUAAAGGAUUUGUUUAACAACAGUAGUGUAAACAAUAAAGGAAUUGAUGCAGAGUUGAUGCUGUAUGCUUGUAGUGGUAGUACGUGUAGUCUUUCUUUCUCA